AGAUGUUUAAAUUGCCAGCAAUAAGAUUCAACAAGGUGAAGCCUAGAGAAGGAGAUGAUGAGAAUAAACAAGGUCCUGAUUGGAGCAGUCAGUCUCAGCCAUCCACGGGACAGGGAGGAAAUGAAAGUGACAGGAAAGCUCUAAAAACCAAGAUGCCUCCAGUCACAUCUGAAGAGUCAGACACCAAAAUACAAGAUAAAAGCUCCGAGAAAAAUUCACUCAGAGAUGUGCCCACAAACCUGGACCCUAAAAAUCUUGAAGAAUCAACCAGAAUGAUGCCAGAGCAGACAGAAAUAGGGACUGGGAAAGAAGGCUUGGUCAGUCCAAAAAGCAAACCCCCUGGAUCGCCUAUUAUCAACGAGUAUGCUGACGCCCAGCUACACAACCUGGUGAAGAGGCUGCGUCAGAGGACAGCCCUGUACAAGAGAAAGUUGGCAGAAAAUGACAUAUCCUCAGCUGAAGCCAGCCCCCAAACCACAAAGCCCACAGCUGUAUCCUCAACACAAGAAAGCAAUGCUAAGCUCAUAGAAAAACAUUACUAUCACGUGUUGUGUUGGAAAGUCCAAAAGAUGCCUCUGACAGAGUACCUAAAGCGAAUCAGACUUCCACAAAGCAUAGAUUCGUACACAGAUCGCCUCUACCUCCUGUGGCUCUUGCUCGUCACCCUCGCCUAUAACUGGAACUGCUGGCUUAUCCCGCUGCGCCUCAUCUUUCCAUACCAGACACCGGACAACACGCAUUACUGGCUCAUCACGGACGGGGUGUGUGACACCAUCUACCUUUGCGAUCUGCUGUUGAUCCAGCCCAGACUCCAGUUUAUAAGAGGAGGAGACAUAAUAGUGGAUUCAAAUGAACUAAAGAAACACUACAGGAGUUCUACAAAAUUUCAGCUGGAUGUCGCAUCAAUAAUUCCAUUUGAUGUUUUCUACCUCUUCUUUGGGUUUAAUCCAAUAUUUAGGACAAAUAGGGUAUUAAAGUACACUUCAUUUUUUGAGUUUAAUCACCAUCUAGAGUCUAUAAUGGACAAGGCAUAUAUCUACAGAGUCAUUCGAACAACUGGAUAUUUGCUGUUCACUCUGCACAUUAAUGCCUGUAUUUAUUACUGGGCUUCAAACUAUGAAGGAAUUGGAACUACUAGAUGGGUGUAUGAUGGUGAAGGAAACAAGUAUCUGAGAUGUUAUUAUUGGGCAGUUCGCACUUUAAUUACCAUCGGGGGCCUUCCAGAACCACAAACUACCUUUGAAAUUGUUUUUCAACUGUUGAAUUUUUUUUCGGGAGUUUUUGUGUUCUCCAGCUUAAUCGGUCAGAUGCGAGAUGUAAUUGGGGCGGCGACAGCCAAUCAGAACAACUUCCGGGCCUGCAUGGACCAGACCAUCGCCUACAUGAACACUUACUCCAUUCCUAGGAGUGUGCAGAACCGGGUUCGGACUUGGUAUGAGUAUACGUGGGACUCACAAAGAAUGCUAGAUGAGUCCGAUCUGCUUGAGACCCUGCCCACCAUGAUGCAGUUGGCUCUCGCCUCUGACAUGAACUUCAGCAUCAUCAGCAAGGUCGAGUUGUUCAAGGGUUGUGAUUCGCAGAUGAUUUACGACAUGCUGCUAAGAUUGAAAUCCACUGUCUAUUUACCUGGUGACUUUGUCUGCAAAAAGGGAGAAAUUGGCAAGGAAAUGUAUAUCAUCAAGCAAGGAGAAGUCCAAGUUCUUGGAGGCCCUGAUGGUGCUCAAGUUCUGGUCACCCUGAAAGCCGGGACAGUGUUUGGAGAAAUCAGCCUUCUAGCGGCAAGAGGAGGAAACCGUCGAACCGCCAACGUGGUGGCCCAUGGGUUUGCCAAUCUCUUAACUCUGGACAAGAAGACCCUCCAAAAAAUUCUAGUGCAUUAUCCAGAUUCUGAAAAGCUCCUCAUGAAGAAAGCCAGAGUGCUUCUAAAGAAAAAGGGUCCGGCCGCGGAGGCAACCCCUCCAAGAAAAGGACUUGCCCUUCUCUUCCCUCCAAAACCAGAGACCCCCAAAAUGUUUAAAGCUCUCCUUGGAGGCACAGAAAAACCAGAUCUCUCAAGACUACUCAAAUUGAAGAGAGAACAAACCAUUCAGAAAAAAAGUGAAAAUUCUGAAGGAGGAGCGGGUAGAGAAAAAGAAGGUGAAGAUAAAGGAAGAGAGUCAGCAGAGAAACCACUGGACAGAUCCGAACAGACAGCAAGUUCUGUCACAGCAGAGGAAACGCCCCAGCCGACUAGCAGGGCAGCUUUACCCAGAGAAAGUAGCCAUCAAUCACUCAUCAUCAGCAUGGCUCCUUCUGCGGAGGCCGGGGAAGAGGUUCUGACGAUUGAGGUCAAAGAAAAGGCUAAGCAAUAAAUGCUUGAUUAUCUUUAGGUCUAAUCUAGCUAGUUCCCAAAGCGAUUGUAUCCAAGAUUGUAGCUUAAAUUAAUGAGAGGAAUAGCCCUUGCCAGGACCCUUGAGAAACUAUAGGCAAAUCCCUAGCUUGGUUUCUAGGACUUAUCUGAGACUGUGAUCUUAGCAGUGGUAAUAAGAAGAUUAUUAAAAAACCAUCCCUAUUCUCUGUUGUCAUUAGCUUUAUGCAGUUCGUAUUUCUCCUUAUUGUAUGUAUAGGGUCUUUUUUCCUUCUGUUCUUUCUUGAUGGUGUUUCUUCCCUCCAUUUUGAUUAGCUUGGUCUUGGCUUUGAAGUAAUUCACCAACCUUUUCUCUUAAAUCUUUGUGCGUAUGUUAAAGUCUUGUAUGGCACUGUUUGUCCUGGUUAAAUGUUCUUUGUACAUGAAUAUUAUCUCUUACUUGUAAGGGAGUGUGAGAUUUUAAUAAAAUGUCAAAAGUCAGGUGAUUUGCAUUCAAACAAGGGUGAUGAGUGAUUCAAAUAUCAAAUCAACCCAGCAGCUGGGACUAAAAGGAAGCAGAGAUAGUGGACAUGAAAUCUGACUUGCGGAAGUGUCCCCUGAAGAGCAAUAUUGGUCGGCAGGACUAACAAACCCAUGGGCAAAAUCACAUUGCAGAAACGUGUUGGAAAAAUUGUACCCUUUGCUAAAGAAACAAACUUUAAUAUUUUCCCUCAUACCAACAUAAAAGGCAACAAUCUACCUAAUUCCUCUGGCUCAACAGACUCAGACAGGAGGAACCAGA